AUGUUGAGUGCACUUUUGAAUAUAUUUGUGAGAGGGCCACCACUGAUGAGAGGUGUUGGAGAAUAUUACUUCGCCUCUGCCUUAAAUCUGAGCGAUGCGGGAUUCCUUGUUUGUUGUUCCCUCCCCUUCCCCCCUGCGUCUUGUGCUGCACUGACGUCCGCCCAACCAGCCAUGGCGCUGCUCCUCCUCGUGCCGUGCUUCCUCUCGCUCCUCUUGUCACUCACCUGCCACGUGGACGCAGCUCGGUGGCAAGAUUGCGGCUCCAAGCAUGUGCCCGUCACUGUGAGUAACGUCACGAUGCUGCCGGAUCCUCCAGUCGCUGGCUCGGAUUUCACCGUUGUGCUGCCCGCCGUCACAGAUACGCGCAUCGACGCGGGCGUGGUGCGCGUGAGUGUGGCGUACUACGGGUGGCCGGUCUACACGUCAACGGUGCAGCUGUGCAACAAGACGCCCUGCCCCGUGCUGCCGGGCACCUUCACCUUCUCCAAUGAGCAGCCCCUGCCCUUCCUCACCCCCGCUGGUGCGUACAUGCUGUGGCUCAAGGCGCGCGACAGCAACGGGCGAGAUCUGUUCUGCACGCGCGUGGACUUCACCAUCGUGCGCCCCCAGGCAGGGGAGAGGCAGCCCUCUCUGCGCGUGCAGGCGGCCCGUUCACUUGACCUAGCCGGACUAACUUAUUCUCGUCUCCUACUGCUCGCCCCGGGUGCGCCUGUCGCGCAUUCCGACAAAUCAGCGCGCGAUGGCGCCGCGCCCGAAGAAGAAGGCGGUGCUGCGCGCCUCCGAUCGCGCCAGCAGCUCGGCGGCCGACUCGCACGCGGCGCACCACGCGGCGCGGUGGGCGUCGAUGCGCUCGCUGCUGCUCCUGGGCGGCGCGGGAAUGCUCUUCUAUUUCCUCCUCGCGCGCUCCGACUAUUCCGCGGGGUACCGCCACGGCGGACCCAUGGGCGCAUGGCGCGGGGUGGCGCGGGCGGAAUGGACGAGCGCUGGAUGGGCGGGGAGGACCAGUGGGGAGCGCGCGGGGGCGCAAUGGGGAGGGCGGAGUGGGGAGGCGCCGGGGGGCAGUUUGGGGAUCGGCGCGGGUUUGAGGGCGCGGCGGGUGGGUGGCAGGGCGCUGGCGGGGGGACUGGCGGAACGACGGGGGAGGGCCGCGGCAGCUGGCGGCCGGUGGACGGGCAGUUCCCCCUGGAGGGCGGCACACCCCAGCGGUCGUACCUGACGGUGGACAUCUCGCGCGCGCUGCUCAAGCGCGUGCACCUCGACGCCACGCGCUUCUCCGACGACGCCAAGCCCAAACCCAAGGGCGCCCCCCCUCCGCGUGCCUCGCUCGGCCCCCCCUGCCCCGACUUUGAGUUUGCGUACGAGCGGCUGCCCGGCGUGGGGUCGUGCUGGGAGGCGCCCCUGGCGGACAGCAGCCGCACGCCCACGCGGUACCCCGCCGCCAACUGCCCGUCGCUGGACGAGAGCUGCAUCCAGGAAACGGACUUCCAACCCCACCCCAAAUGGGCCGCUCAGGUGCUGGUGUUACACAACGUGUAUGUGAACCUGGCGGGGCAGGUGUUCAACGAGACACACCUCUUCGACCACAACGCCUGUGCCGUCACGCUGGCUGCCGCCAACUUCCGGUACGCGUCGGGGCGCACGCGUGUGAGGCGCUUCAAGGAGCUCGUGUCGCUCGUGGACUGGUUCGCCUGGUCCGCGCGUGCCUACCUGCUCGAACUCAUCCCGCUCUUCGUCUCACUCCGCAAGGUGAUGCCAGCGAUGAGGGGCGUGGCGGUGGCGGUGGGGCACCGGCUGACGCACAGGCGCAACCAGAUGCAGCAGAUGGUGGCGCUGGGCGCGGAGGACAUCCUGGGCGUGCAGCUGUCCCGCAUGAACGUGCACGUGCUGCAGGGCGCCGACCUCUUCUUUGCGGAAAAGCUCAUUCUUCCACUGCACCAGCGCUGCGGCCAACCAUCGCGUGCCAUGUGGCAGUACAUCCGCAACCACCACUUCCUCCCUAAGAACGGCCUCCCCAUGUUCUACUCUGACUACCGGCCCACAGCAGUGGCGGAGAACCCCCCUCCCAAGGACUCGUUCAUGCCGCGCAACGACUGGGUGGUGCUGCUGGGGUGGAAGAACUCGCGUGAGGAGCUACUGCGGUCGCUGCGCCUCAAGGAGCAGCUGGAGGAGCUCUUCCCCGCCGACCGCGUGGUGGUGUACCGCGAGGGCGCGCACAGCAUCCCGCGGCGCAAGGACCUGCUCAACCGCGCGCACCUGCUCGUGGCGCCGCACGACAACCUGCUGGCCGACCUCGUCUUCAUGCCGCCCGGCGCCGCCGUGCUGGAGAUCCGGCCCGUGGACGACCCCGACCCCGUGUUCCACCUGCUGGCCGACGUUUGCGACAUCGACUACUACCUGGCGUUCAGUGAGCCCGUGGACAGCAAGGGCAAGCCCAAGCCCGGCAAGGCCGGGGAGGUGGCGCUGCGGGCCAGGGACCCCAAGGCCGUUGAGCGGCUGCUCAAAGAGAUUUCCAGGAAGGUUCUGGCCAAGGUGGAGCAGCUCAAGCAUGUGUAG